AUGGCGAACACAAUCGCAGCUACAGGUGUUUCAUGUCCUGUAGUACUUAAUGGCGUUGGGAUCAGCAGAAUGUGGCAGCAUCAAGGAGCACCCACUUUGAUAAUGUGUUCCACUACAGCUAAAGGUGCAGUGGAGCUUUCACGACUAGUUAACACAGGCUGCAAACUAGUAGGAUGCGGCUCUGCAGUACCAAGUCUGAGAGUUUCCAAUAAUGAUCUUGCAAAAAUUGUUGAUACUAAUGACGAAUGGAUAUCCGUUCGGACAGGAAUUCGUCACCGUAGAGUUCUUUCAGGCAAAGAGAAUUUAACGGAUCUGGCUAUAGAGGCUGCGUGGAAAGCUCUUGAGAUGGCAGAUGUUCCUCCUGAAGAUGUUGAUCUAAUUUUGAUGUGUUCUUCAACUGGAGAUGACCUUUUUGGCAGUGCACCGGUGAUCCAAAAAGCACUGGGCUGCAAAAGAAAUCCACUGGCUUUUGACAUUACGGCUGCUUGUAGCGGGUUCUUGUUGGGUUUGUUUUCAGCUUCUUGCUACAUCAAAGCUGGUGGUUUUAAGAAUGUCCUUGUAAUCGGUGCUGAUGCUGUUUCUCGUUUCAUUGAUUGGACGGAUAGAGGUUCCUGUAUUCUCUUUGGCGAUGCUGCUGGUGCUGUACUUGUGCAGGCCUGUGAUAUCGGAGAAGAUGGUUUGUUUGGUUUCGACUUGCACAGUGACGGUGAUGGUAAAAGACAUUUGAUUUCCACUUUCAAAGAGAAUGAAACAGAUGAUGCAUCAAAUGAAAAUCAUUCCGUGACUAGUUUUCCGCCCAAGUGUUCCUCUUAUUCCUAUCUCCAGAUGAACGGCAAAGAGAUUUUCAAGUUUGCUGUUCGCGUGGUGCCACAAUCAAUUGAAGCAGCUUUAGAGAAAGCAGGCUUAGAUGGCUCUAAUAAUUUUGAUUGGUUGCUCCUUCAUCAGGCAAACCAAAGGAUUAUAGACGGUAUAGCAACGCGGUUAGAGGUGCCAUCAGAGCGCGUGAUAUCAAAUUUAGCAAAUUAUGGGAAUACUAGCGCUGCAUCGAUUCCCUUGGCAUUGGAUGAAGCUGUUCAGGAUGGAAAGGUGCAACCAGGCCAUGUCAUUGCUGCUGCUGGAUUUGGAGCUGGCCUUACAUGGGCUUCUGCAAUAUUCAGAUGGGGAUGA